CUAGAAGAUGGAUCCACAAGCGAAGAAACAAAAGCUUAACACAUCAGAAAUCGCUAGUCCCUCUGUCUCCAACAUGAAACUAGAGAAAAAGAAGAAGAAAAAGCAAAAGGUUAAUGUGGGCAAAGCGAUGAGGAAGCAAAACGACGCCGCUAUGUUCCUUACAGAGAAAGUGAUCUCUGCCGUGGCCAGAAACUCAAACUUCGUCUUCUCUCCGGCAUCAAUCAGCGCCGUACUCACCAUGGUCGCUGCUACCUCCGAAGAAGAAACACUGAGAUCCGUCAUCUUCUCCAUCCUUGGUUCUUCCUCGAUCGACGAGCUCAACGCCGUUUUCCACGCGAUUGCUACGAACGUCCUCGUCGACGGAAGCGAGAGCGGUGGCCCUAAGAUCUCGGCCGUUAAUGGAGUGUGGAUGGAUCAAUCGAUACCUUUGAAUCACUUGGUGAAGGACCUCUUUGAGAAUUUCUUCAAGGCUGCUUUCUCUCAAGUUGACUUCCAAUUCAAGUGGGAACAAGUGCGCAAGGAGGUGAAUUCGUGGGCUUCAAGGCACACCAAUGGUCUCAUCAAAAGUAUUCUUCCUCCUGGAUCGGUCGAGAGUGACACCAUAUGGGUUUACGGAAACGCAUUGUACUUCAAAGGAGCUUGGGAACACAAAUUCCGCAAGCCUUUGACGGAAGACAGAGACUUUCACCUUCUCAAUGGCACCUCAGUCUCUGUGCCCUUCAUGACGAACUAUAGGAAACAAUACGUGAGGGAUUACGGAGACUUCAAGGUCCUUAAGCUCCCAUUUCGACAACGCGGCGAUAUCAGUCGCCAGUUCUCAAUGUACUUCUAUCUCCCUGAAGCCAAUGAUGGAUUGGAUGAUCUGGUGAAGAGAAUGGCAUCUACUCGUGGGUUCUUGGACAGCCACAUUCCAAGCCAAGAAGUUCUUACUGGAGAAUUCGGAAUCCCAAAGUUUAAGAUCGAAUUCGGGUUUGAGGCUUCGACGGCUUUCAAUGAAUUGAAUCUAAAAGAGGUUUCAUUGUACCAAAAAGCUUUUGUCGAAAUCGAUGAAGAUGGUGCAGAAGCUGCUGCUGUUACUGCAUGCAGGGGUCGUGGUGCGGGUUGUAGAUUACGGGAGACGAUAGAUUUUGUGGCUGAUCAUCCAUUUCUUUUUAUGAUUAGGGAAGACAAAACUGCAUCAGUUUUGUUCGUUGGCCAAAUCUUUAAUCCUUCGAAAUCUGCUUCUGUCUAGGACCGGAUUUGACAGGAAUUCGGUUUGGUACUUUUAAACAGGUUUUUUUUUAAAGGUAUUAAUUAGAG